AUGCAACAAGGCCUUCACGUAGCAAUCAUUGGAGCAGGCAUAGGAGGACUUUCCUGCGCAUUAGCAUUGGCCAAGUACGGGAUACAGCGUAUUGAUGUCUAUGAGGCAACGUCGGAUCUAGGUUUCGUGGGAGCAGGGAUUCAGCUUGCACCGAACAUGGGAAGAAUACUCAAACGAUUGGGAUGCUGGGAGCCGGUAACGAAGGAGGCUACAGAGGUCAAGGUUGCAAGUAUUCGGCAGCACAACGAUAACAAGGAGUUAGGUCGUGUUGAAUUUGCACAUGUCAGAGAAGAAUACGGGACACCUCAUAUGGUCAGCCACAGAUCUUCGUUAGCAGGAGAAUUGUACAAUGCCUGCAAGGAAGAGAAAGCCAUCACCUUCCACUUCGAUUCAUCCUGUAGCAUCAAAACCUGGCAACCAAAGCCCAAAUUAGUUGUUACUCCUAGGAACGGCGAAUCGUACGAUGUUUUUGCAGACGUCGUGCUGGCGGCCGAUGGCAUCAAGUCUUCAGUACGUCCACAAAUAUUGAAAGAGCUUGGCGUCGAUGUAGAAGUGACCGACUCCGGUCAGUCUGCAUACCGUAUCAUGCUCACGAGAGAUCAGAUGAAAUCAGAUUCAGAGAUACUCGAGCUCCUAGAAGCCGACCAGGUAACACGGUGGAUUGGUGAACGAAGACACAUAAUUGCAUACCCAAUCAGUAACAAGAACAUCUACAACAUCUCGACCGCGCAGCCGGAUACCCAUUUCGCAUCAGCCCCCUCUGCAACGUACACGACGCGCGGCUCGAAAGUUGAUAUGCUUGACAGCUUCAAGGACUUCUGUCCCCUGAUACAACGCAUGCUAAACCUCGUUCCGGAAGGAGAUGUCUGCGAAUGGAAGCUCAGGGUCCAUAGCCCAUUGCCGACGUGGGUCAGAGGGAGCGUUGCGCUUGUUGGAGAUGCCUGUCAUCCUACACUUCCUCAUCUUGCUCAAGGGGCUGCACAGGCUGUUGAGGACGCAGGGGUUCUGGCAGUUAUCUUGUCUAUGUUACCGGAAGCAAAUUCGGACUCGAUUAACAAGGCAUUGAGAAUGUACGAGCGUGUGCGAAAAGAACGUGCAGAGACGCUGGUAGAUUUAGCGGCAGCGUCCUGCAGGACCCUGCACUUGGGAGAAGGAGCAGCAAGAGAGGAAAGAGAUAAACAAUUCGCGGCACUGAAGACCAAAGGAGGGCCAAGUCCGGACAAGUAUAUGGAUGCGGAGGUGCAGAAAAUGAUUAUGGGGACAGACGUGAUGGAGCUGGCGCGAGUUGAAUUUCAGAGAACAUUCAGCCCCACUGUUGUGGACUGCACACCUUGCUUGAGAUCAAAAAUGCGGCGCGCAUCUAGGAUCUGGAUAGGAUAG